AUGGUGAAGGUUAAGGCAUACGAGCUUAGAAAGAAGGAUCAAGAAGGAUUAAAGAAGCAGCUUGAAGAACUCAAGACUGAACUUUCACAUUUGAAGGUCGCGAAGGUCGCUGGAGGAGCUCCAUCAAAGCUUUCAAAGAUCAAAGUGUUCAGAAAAGACGUAGCCAAAGUCUUGACUAUCAUCCAUGAAAAGAAAAGAGACCAAAUCAAAGCUGACAGCAAAGGCAAAAAGUAUCUUCCUUAUGAUAUUAGACUAAAACAGACCAGAGCUAUCAGAUUAAGAUUAACAAAAGAACAAGCCAAGAAGCUUCCUCUUACCCCCCCCCCCCCUCCGUGAGCGAACAAAACCAUUAGAAAAAUCGCCAUUUUUUGACCAAAAACCCACCCUCCGUGAGCGAACAAAAAUUUUUUUAAUAGAAAAAAAUUUUAAUGGAAAAAAAUUUUGAUAUAUAAGUGAUAAUUAGUAUAAUGAAAUCUAGAGCUAAUUCUGUUUAAUUUUAAACAAAUUGCGUUUUAAAACAUAAAUUUUGCAAAUUAAAUUAAUAUUUGCUUCCCAAUUUUUGCAAAUUAGGAUUUUUUUAAAUUUCGAAAAAAAUAUUUUUUAAAAAAUUUAUAUAUAAAUUUUUUUUUAAAAAAAAAAAUUAACCCCCCCUCCGUGAGCGAACAAAAUUUUUUUGUUCGCUCACGGACGGGGGGGGGGGAGUUAGAAUUCUGAAGAAAAAGCUUAAUUUCCCUCAAAGAAAAUUCGCAGUAGCUAACUAA